GUAUGGCAGAGGAGACGAUUGAAGGAGCGACGAGGGUAGUAUGGUAAUUACGGGAGGUAAGGUGUUUGCAGAGUUCCAUGCAAGGGUUGAGAUGACCUUGCCCGGAACCUGUAACGACAAAGAUCUCAACUCCCAUGCUUGUUUGCUAUCAGUGGAAGUGGAAGGAGAGGUUUCGAAUAAGAAUGCCAUUAUCAGACACCGCAAUUGCUUCAAAGCUGCCCGGUGCUAUCCCUUCCCUUCCAACUCACAAGGCCGCUAAGGUAGAAAAUUUAGCAUUGAAGAAAUGUUGGAAGACUGCUGAAUUCAGGGUCUCUAGAAAUCUCAAAUGGGUUUGUAAUUCAGGUAGUGGGGAUGACAGCGGUUCAGUGGAAUUAGAUGUCCCAUUUCCCAGAGACUAUGAUGAGCUUCUUGAACAAGCCAGAAAAGCAACAACAUUGGCUUUGAAAGGUGAAAAACAGUUGAUGGAGAUUGAGUUCCCAACUGCUGGACUUAAUUCUGUACCAGGUGAUGGGGAAGGAGGAAUAGAAAUGACUGGAAGUAUGCAGUUGAUUCGUGAAUUCUGUGAUGGCUUCAUAAAUCCGGAAAAAGCAGCACGGACUAGAAUAUUUUUACCCGAAGCCAAUGAAGUUCAAUUUGCUAGACAAUCAGCUUUUGAGGGAGCUUCAUUUAAGUUGGACUACUUGACAAAGCCAUCAUUUUUCGAAGAUUUUGGUUUUGUUGAAAAAGUCAAAAUGACCGACCGUGUGAAGGCAGAAGAUGAGCUAUUCCUUGUUGGGUAUCCUUAUUUUAAUGUCAAUGAAAUGCUUGUAGUUGAAGAACUUUACAAAGAUGCUGUCGUGAACACUGAUCGGAAACUAAUUAUAUUCAAUGGGGAACUUGAUCGUAUAAGAUCUGGCUAUUAUCCGCCAUUCUUCUACCCAAAGCUGGCUGCACUUACCAAGACCCUAUUCCCAAAGAUGGAGACUGUAUACUAUAUCCACAAUUUUAAGGGACGCAAUGGUGGAACCCUUUUCAGGUGCUACCCAGGUCCAUGGAAAGUCCUUAGAAAAGUGAGGAAUCGAUACAUUUGUUUGCAUCAGCAAGAAGCUAUGCCUUCCCUUAAGGAAGUUGCAUUGGAUAUUCUUCCAUCAGCUUGAGAUUCUUUUACUCAAAGCCAUCUGGUCUAUGUUGUCUAGAUUUCUUUAGAAGCUUACACACGGGACAAGACCUAUGACUUCUUGGAUGAUGAACAGAGAUUCUGGAUGUGUAUAGUCAUCUCUUUGGCCACCAUUAAUGUUGGUAAUCUCCACAUUGCCAUUUCCACCUUCAUUGCUACUAAAGCCAACGAAAUUUUUAUUUGUUUUUCCAAAUUGUUCAAAUGAUAUAUAUAUAUAUAUAUAUGUACAAAUAUGAUAUAUACUGCCCAUUAUAAGCUGGGAGAUAGUUAUCGGGAAAAUAGUUUUCUACAUAAAUUUGGUUAACAUUAGUAGUGAAAGUGAGAAACUUACGGUUAGAUUUCGUGCUUAAGUUUGGAGAAGAGAAAAAGGAGAACAAGAAAUAGGAGAAUAAUAAGAUGAUAAAGUUUUGCCUUUGAACGGGCCGUUUUUUCUUUUA